AUGGUUGAGCUCGCCAAGCGCGCUGUCGCAGAAGGACAUGAAAUCGCCAGGCGCCAGGCUCCUGGAGUUGUGCCGCCUUUCAAUGCUACUGAGCAAUAUGUCAGUAAUCAAGGCCAAUACGUUUUCGUUGCACCGGGACCGACAGACCAGCGCGGACCGUGCCCGGGUUUGAAUGCUAUGGCCAACCAUGGCUACCUCCCUCAUAGCGGCGUAGGUACCAUAGACGAAUUUAUAAACGGGACAGGGGCUGCUUUUGGUAUGGGCUCGGAUCUAGCCAGCUUUCUUGCCGUCUAUGGUUCUAUCUUCGAUGGCGAUCUUACUUCUUACUCCAUCGGCGGCCCAGUUGCCGGUCUCACCGUGGCUGGCCUAUUAGGCGACCCACAAGGUCUUUCAGGCUCCCACAACAAGUACGAGGGGGACGUGUCUCCGACUCGUGGCGACCUAUUUGAAUACGGCAACGACUACUUGGUUCAGGUCUCUCAAUUUUCUGCACUGUACGAACUCGGUCAACAAAACGGCGACAGCAUCGACCUUCAAGUACUCACCGAGUACCGCGCUACCCGCUUCCAGCAAUCCAUCAGCAACAACCCGUACUUCUUCAACGCACCCUUUAGCGGCGUUGUAGCAUCUCCCGCCGCUUGGUCCUUCAUCUACCGAUUCAUGGCUAAUAAGUCCUCCGAAUACCCCGAAGGUCUCCUCACAGGCGACGUCUUCAAAUCUUUCUACUCCAUUACUGGCGACUACCCCAACUUCCAAUACACGCCCGGAUACGAGUCCUUCCCAAACAACUGGUACAAGCGAAAUCCGGUCGAUUUUUACACCAUCCCCUACCUCUCCAUGGACGCGGCCACGAUGACUCAACAGCAUCCGGAAUUCCUCAGCCUCGGCGGCAACACUGGUAAAACCAACACCUUCACCGGCGUAGAUCCCCAAAAUCUCACUGGCGGCGUCUACACUUCUUCGAACCUUCUGCAGGGCAACAAUGCACUAUGCUAUGGCCUCGAACUUUCACUAAUGGAGUCGCCUGACAUUCUUUCCGGGCUGUAUUCGGACGAUAAUGCGGCGCUGGAUGCAUUGGGAACAGCGAUCAACGAGGCGACUGGCGCGCUGGGUUGCCCGCAGUUGAGUGCGAUCAACGAGGGCCAAUUCGCUAGCGACUUUGCUCAGUAUCCUGGAUACACGAAGCUUUCGUCCACGGGGACUUAUUGA